UUUCAGAGUUGCCAAGUAGCAGGGAAUCGAUUGGGUAGCUGGUCACACUUCAAGCGGCGCAGGAACAAAACAUAAACAAAUAUAACUUAAUUUCGUUUUAAGGUCCGCGGAUUUGAAGAGGAAUAUAUAAAAUGCUAUCCCUGACAGACCCAGCCAACGCGGGCGGGAUUCCCGACAAGGCCUGGCAGCCGCACUUCGUCACUUUGGAAACGAGCAUGGGGGAGAUCACCGUGGAGCUCUACUGGAAGCACGCCCCCAACACGUGCCGCAACUUCGCAGAGCUCUCGCGCAGGGGCUACUACAACAACGUGGUGUUCCACCGGAUAAUCCGGGACUUCAUGAUCCAGGGCGGCGACCCCACGGGAACUGGCCGCGGCGGCACCUCCAUCUACGGGUCGGAGUUCGGGGACGAGCUGCACGGCGAUCUGAAGCACACGGGCGCCGGAAUCCUCUCGAUGGCCAAUUCCGGACCGGACACCAAUGGGUCCCAGUUCUUCAUCACGCUGGCGCCCACCCAGUGGCUGGACGGCAAGCACACGAUCUUCGGAAGGGUCUACACCGGCAUGGAGGUGGUCAAGCGGAUAGGAAUGGUGGAGACCGACAAGAACGACCGUCCUGUGGACCCUCUCAGGAUCAUCAAGGCCAAGGUGGAGAAGCUGUGAGGUAACGGAUGAACUUGAAAGAUUGCCAUGAAGUUUAGAAAUUAUAGAGAACCAGAUGCAGAAGUA